AUUCUAUUAAAAAUAUUGCACUAAGUGAUAAAACUGAUUCGGCAAUUAUUCCCGGCGGUCUUACUUCUAUUGUCCAACCACUUGAUGUUUGUAUAAAUAAGCCAUUUAAAGAUAGACUUCGAGAAAAAUGGAAUAGUUGGAUGAGCUCAGAUCAGUUUACUUAUACCAAGUGUGGUAUUAGUAAUGCAAUGGAUGGAUCAGAAGACGAUUUAUUUGGACAAAUGGAGGAGGAAAUUGAUGAAAAUGAAAGGGAAAUUGUAGAUAUAGAUAGUGAUUCAGCUGAUAAAUUAGAAGAGGAAGAAUUAGAAUAA